CGACAUUUCUACCGUGCAGUCACGUUGUCCUGCGCUUUCUUUUGUCGUGAUUCUUUGGUCUCGCCGGCCAUUGUCUUCCAUAGGACACUUUAUAUCCUGGGUAACAAACGCUAGUCAAUCAGUCAUACUCCAGCAGGCGUCUGGAGAUCACCAGCUAAUUGUAAUUGCUCCGCCGAAAUUCAAAUUAAAAAGUGCAGUCAAAAUGUGCAACAAACUCACCCUUUUGUCCUUGACAUACGUCAUCGUUUUCAUCUCGGUAGUGCAGUGUGAUAGCACGGAGAGGAAGGAUUUCUUUAGUCAAGACUUAAGCGUCGGCCGUACGUUUGGUCACAAUGCCCUCAAACGGCUCUCCUUCAUCUUCCUUCCUGUCAUGUUCACCCUGGGUGUGAUCUCCACUCUCCUGAUGGCUCUUGCUGUCAUCUCAGUGAAGAACUUGGCUAUUGGAGUAAUGUUGCUCAUCGUGGCUGUCAGUCAGGCCGUAUCCAGAUUGUUCCUAACAGCCGCGUCACCAUCACCUCUAGUGCACUUACAUCCUCGAGCUGAACUCCUGCCAGCUCCAGCCGUACCUGCGCCCUGGCCCGCACCUGGUCCCCUACUCUCACCCUGGGCGAGAUCUGACAACGACGCACCUAUAUCUGACUAAACAAGUAUUUUAAGUACCUGUACGAAAUGUUUCAACAACCCGU